GAUUGAUGAAGUGUUGACGUACAAGCAACAGAGUAAAUUACAGAUAUGUUUAAGUGCAUUAAAAUGUUUGGACUCAUUUUCAUGAUGUGCAGUGUUGUAAUGACAUCUACACAUCAUGUAAGAAGGAGACAAUUCACACAAGAUGGCGUUUCAGAAGAAAACAACGAUAAUUUUGAUACAAGCAGAUAUAAAUUUGCAUACGGCGUGGAAGAUCACAAAACCGGCGAUUUCAAGAUGCACCAGGAAGAACGCGAUGGCGACCUCGUCAAAGGCGAGUACACCGUAGCCGAAGCGGAUGGCACUCUUCGCACAGUGCGAUACACCGCCGACAAACACAACGGUUUCCACGCGGUGAUUUCCAAAGCCGGCGAGACGCGUCAAGUCCCAGCCGUGGCUUCUUCGACUUAUCAUCAUCGGUCGAUCAAAGUGCCGCCAGCGUCCCCCAGUCAUCACGAACCGCAUGGACAUCUUCCGAUCAAGAAGUACAUCAAUGAAUUGCCGCAGUUCGCGAAGAACUACGCUGCCAAACACAACAAAGUCAUCGAAAGCUUCGCCGCGGACAACGCCGCGCAUUAUCAGAGUGUUAAUAUCGACAGUAAUGAUGAACGCACGCAGUACGGAUAUAAUUUAUCGCAGGAAAAGUUAAGAGAAGAAAAUGCUAAGAAAGCUGUUUAUGGACAACCUGUAAUGUUUCAUUUGCAAAUUCCACAAGGGUUUAAAAAGAAUGAGGAGUUACCAAUGGCGUUGCCAUUGAUCAGUCAAAAUGUACAUCCGGUUUAUGAAGACGUUGGAGAGGAAAAUCAAGAAAGGCCAAGUUCUGUGGAGGCACAGGAACAGCAAGGACAUGUAAAUAAUUAUAAACAUAUUUUUGAGACGCAUUUUGGAAAGUUUCGAAGGCCUGGCAAGGAAAACAAUCAAGGUGCUUAUUCCUACAUGAAUUUUGAAGGAGAAUCUAGAAAUGGUUAUGAAUUACAACACAAUUCACCCCAAGAUCAACGGAAAUAUUCAAUAUAA